UCUCGCGCUCUACAGUCGGGGCGCAUUGAGCGAGUCAUCUAAUCCAGAGAUUUACAACAGACAACUGAAACUGCACCAUUAGCUGCCAUACAAACACAUACGGAUAACUCCACAACAAACUUAUUACACGAGGAUAAAGUGUAGCAAAAUAACCAGGUAGCUGAAAAAUGUGCGGAAUAUUUUAAUUUAUUUCUCCACGGGAACGUUAUGUGGAGAGAGGGCUUAUUGCCAUUGCCUGGAGGACAACGCCUGGAUAAGGAAGAGAGGACAACAUUUGACGUGACUUUGGGACGGCGGUUUGUUCGGGAUACUUCACAGACAUGCUGAAUGCAGUUUGCUGUCGUCUCGCUCAAGGCUUCUUUAUGUGUCUGAUGCUGCACGCGCUCAUCGACUGCACUGGAGGCUCAGUAAGCCAGCAGACGUCCCAGCUCUCCUCGUAUGAGGUGACGGUACCGAGACGCAUCAGCAGACAGAGGAGAAACCAGGCCAGUGCAGAUAAGGUGUCAUACAUAAUCCAAGCUCAAGGAAAAGAACAUGUCGUCCUCCUGGAGAGAAAUGAAUUGCUUCUUCCAGAGGAUUUCACUGUGUACUCUUAUGCCAAAGAUGGCUCGCUGGUCACCGAGAGACCAAACAUGAUGGGUCAUUGUCAUUACAGUGGUUACAUAGAGGAUGUGGAGGGCUCUUCUGCAGCACUCAGCCUGUGCUCUGGGUUAAGGGGUGUUAUCCACAUGGAGGGCACCAGUUUCGGUAUUGAACCAUUGGAAGGUUCCUCCAGUGAUGAGCACUUGGUGUAUCGUUUGGAGGAUGUCAAGACAGAACCUCUCAACUGUGGAACGCCUCACUUUCAUAACCAUGAUGACGAGGCUUCACCAAGGCAUCCUACAGACAGCUAUAUCCAUAACAUCACAUUUGUUCAAUCUGGCAGCCAUCUAAUCAGGAAAAAGAGAGCGGUGCUGCACCAGACACACUAUGUGGAACUGCUAAUGGUGGUGGAUAAUAUGAGAUUUAACUACAAAAAAGGGAAUCAAACAGCUGUACGUGAGGAGGUGGUUCAAAUCGCUAACUAUGUUGAUAGUAUGUACAUUGCUCUGAAUAUCCGUAUUGUGUUGGUGGGAUUGGAGAUCUGGUCUGCGCAGAACUUCAUCAAUACUGAUGGCGGUGCUGGAGAGGUGCUGGGCCGCUUUAGUCAAUGGAGAGAGAAAGAGCUGGUUCACCGUCGUCGCCAUGACAGUGCACAGCUCAUCAUAAAUAAAGGAUUUGGUGGAACAGCAGGCAUGGCUUUUGUUGGCACUGUUUGUUCCAGAAGUCAUGGUGCUGGAAUUAAUUCGUUCACCAAUAAUAAUGUGCUGUCAUUCGCCUCCAUCGUGGCUCAUGAGCUGGGUCACAAUCUUGGGAUGAACCAUGAUGAUGGCCGAAACUGUAAAUGUGAUGUCCAGCACUGCAUUAUGAACUCAGGGGCAACUGGUUCUCGUAACUUCAGCAGCUGUAGUGCUGAUGACUUUGAGAAGAUGAUCUUGAACUCAGGCGGCCGUUGUCUGCUGAACACGCCGCGGCCGGACGAUGCGUACAGCGCCCCCUUCUGCGGGAACAAGCUGGUGGAUGUGGGCGAAGAGUGCGACUGUGGAUCAGAGGCAGAGUGUGCGAAGGAUCCGUGCUGUGAGCCGAAGACGUGUAAGCUGAGGUCAGGUGCUCAGUGUGCGUACGGGGUCUGCUGCAAGAACUGCAGGUUUAUGCCUGGUGGCACAGUGUGCAGAAGCAGCACGGAUGAAUGUGAUUUGCCAGAGUACUGUAAUGGCUCAUCUGCACUCUGUCAGAAUGAUGUCUUCAAACAGGACGGCCAUCCCUGCAAACAAGGCCAGGCUUACUGUUACAACGGCCAGUGCCAGCACUAUGACACCCAGUGUAAGGCCAUAUUCGGCACAAAAGCUAAAGCUGCUCCUGAGCUGUGUUUUAAGGAUGUCAAUUCUAAAGGCGAUCGCUUUGGAAACUGUGGCUACCAUUCCAACGGAUUCAAGAAGUGUGAGAGCAGAAACGCCAUGUGCGGGAAGCUGCAGUGCGAGAACGUCCUGUCCUCAGUCAUAUUUGGCAUCAAGCCCUCAGUGAUCCAGACCCCCAUCGCUGGCACAACCUGCUGGGGCGUGGACUUCCUCCUGGGCUCUGAUGUGCCUGAUCCCGGCAUGGUCAAUGAGGGCACCAAGUGUGGAGAAAAUAAGAUUUGUCUGAAUUUUGAGUGCAAAAGCGCAGACGUGCUGAAUUACGACUGUGAUGUUGAAAAGAAAUGCCGCGGCCAUGGGGUGUGUAAUAGCAAUAAAAACUGCCACUGUGAAUACGGCUGGGCUCCUCCGUUCUGUGAGGCCUCUGGUUAUGGAGGAAGCGUGGACAGCGGCCCCACCUGGAACGAUAAAGAUACUUCCACAAGGGAUGGUCUGCUUGUGUUCUUUUUCCUGAUUCUUCCUCUCUUGGCGUUGGGUUUGUUUGUGGUCUUCUUUCUGUUCUUCAGAAAGAAACGCUCUCAGGGCUACGAAGCUGACAGCAGGCCGCAGACUGCUGUGUCCCAGCGGGGAAACCCCAGCAGUAUGGUGAAGGACCGGGUGGUUCAGACUAAUAAAUCAGCAUCUGUGCCAUCUUACACAACAAGAGCACCACCACCUCCGUUAGCACGACCACCUGCUCCCCCCAAACAUAUGAUGCCUCAAAGACCAGCGCCUGCACCCCCAGUAUAACACACAACACACAUCGGACUGACAGUUGUAUUUCUGUCUGGGAUGGACAGGAGUGGGAGGAGUCGAGGAGGAAUCAGCUGGUCACUCCCACUCUCUCUAAUCUCCCCCUCCGUCUGCAAACAGCUGUCAACUGUCAAUCAAACCCAGAGACGGUCGCUGUUGCGAAAGAAACCUCCACUCGCAAUACAUCACAGAGUGCAUGAUGGGAGCGAGAAAACUCUUUAGCUAAUUAAACACCUGUCACCCGACGAAAGAUGUCUAUGGCAACACACCGAUCUUCUUAACUGUGUUACAAUUCUUAUGUGCUAUAUAGGACCACUGCGACUGAUUGCACUUCAGUAAUAUCCACUGUUUGUAGGAAUGUACCGAGACCCUUUUUAUCAUAGGCCGGCUUUAAAAUGUUCAUUUGUUUCCCCCUUUUUUUGGUGCAAAAUAUAUUCUGAACACCACAUUCAACCUCUGCCCCCCCCCCCCCCAUUUUUUGGUGCAUAAUAUAUUCUGAACACCACAUUCAACCUCGCAUCCCCCCCCCCAAGGGACAAGUACAUUUUCAUUUGAAACUGUUGUUACCCAACACAGAGAUUUUAGCAUUUAUACAUAGUUUAAUUUACAUACAUGUACUUUCAUUUAUACAUGACUUUUAUAGAAAGUUUAUUUUUUACUUUAUUUGCCAAGUGAAAUUCUGUCCCCGCCGAGGUAAAAACCGAGUAAAGAUGAGAACUUGUUUUUGAAAAUGACUGAUUUGUGACACUUUGUUUGACUGCUGGUUUCAUUGUGGUGUUAACAUGAUUUUACUUGACUACAGACAAUAACAAUGAAAGCAAAACAGAAGCUUUUCUCCUAUAGUUUUCAAGGGCUACAUGACUUUAUGCAUGAUAUCACAUACUAUGCCACUGACACAGAUCUCUUCCUUGCUGAAACUGUUAAAUAAGUUCAAAAAGACCAUUUUGCAUGUUUCAUAGACCUCUUAAUACCACAAGAGGUAGAGUAUGUGUAUAAAGUCAAGCACCCUCAAACAAACCGCUGUAAUGUGUCUGUUGUAGAGCACAUUGGACAGUAUCCUCACUCUAGGACAUUUCCGUCAUAACAAAAUCAGCCAAGUGCCAUACAAUACAUGUUUGAUAACAACGAGUGUUAUUUUACAUCUGUGUAUUAUGUUAAUCUGUAUGAUUGACUGAAUGAAUGAUAGAUUGCUCCCUUCUUGCACUGCAUUUCCAUUUGUGUGUAAUGACGGGUCUUGCAGCUGGAAGCAGUUGUGGAUUCUGGUUUACUGAUGCUUUAUGGAUCAAGGAUGGACUUGUGCAGGAUGGGUUUAUUUUGAGCUACCUUCAGUGUGGUGGUGAUGUUUUCCGUUUUUGCAUAUGACAAUAAAAAUCACUGGUAUGUUUUUAA